GCCUGCAGUAUCCACAACCACCGCCCAACAUGAGGCCAUACAACCAGUAUUAUGCCCUGCAGGCAAAGGAGCAGUACGUUCUGGACGGCAAGGUGAAGGGGGUGUUCAUGGGACUGGGUUGGAAAGCUGGAUGUGACGUGGACGGCAGUGUCGCCCUCUUCAACAAAAGCCAGACGCCUGUGGACGCAGUGUGGUGGAAGAAGCUCACCAGCGACAAUGGCGCAGUGAAACACUCAGGGGACGACAGGACGGGGGAGGGCGGCGGUGACGAUGAGGUCAUCACUGUGAAUUUGGAGAAGCUGCCGUUGGACAUCCACUACUUGCUGUUUACAGUCUGCGUGUUCACGCCUGGCAUGAGCUUCAGCCAGGUGCGCUCGGCCUACGUGCGCAUGGUCAGCGCCAACCCGAGCCACAAGAACCACGAGAUGGCUCGCUACAACCUGACGGAACUGCAGGGCACAGCGAUGCUGCUGGGCAUGCUCACACGCCAGGGCGCCUACUGGUGCUUCACGGCCCUUGGGUCGCCUGCGCCCGGCCGGACGGUAGAAGAUGUCAUCAAGAAUGCGGAGGCCAUGAGGGCGACCUUGUCACUGUGCCCAUCCCGGGAGCCUGGCAUUCGACACAUCACCCUGCGGGUGGUGAAAGGCAGAAACCUGGUGGCCAAGGAUCGUGGCGGUGUGUUCAAGAAGAAGGGUUCUUCAGAUCCGUUUGUGAAGAUCAAGUACAAGAAGCUCAAGCUCCAGUCCGAGGUCAUGACAAAGACCCUGGACCCCGUUUGGAACCUGAGGGCCAUGGACCUCGGCAGCGUGCUGGAGUCGGAGUCCAAGGCCAUCAAAAUGACCGUGUGGGACUACGACAAGCUCUCAGGCAAGGAUUUCAUGGGUGCCAUACGCCUGCCCGCGGCCACCCUCUUCGCCCGUGGCCCCGGCCGCCAUGAGUGGUGGAUCCCCCUCACCAAGGGCAAGAAGAGCAAGCACCAAACCUCGGCCGUGUCCGGCGACCUUUGGGUGGAAUGCACAGUGGAGGAUGUCAGGCUUCCUGGCCAAGCCGGCCCAGCCCACCCUCAGGGCCAUGGCCCUGCCGCUGUGGCCACCCAGGCUGGUCCUGGAGGCUAUCCCCCCGCUCAACAGGGUGGCUAUCCACCCCAAAGUGCACCCGGCAGUUACCAACCACAAGGUGGCUAUGCACCUCCACAAGGCGGCUACCCCCCACCACAAGGCGGCUACCCCCCACCACAAGGCGGCUACCCGCCACCACAAGGCGGCUACCCACCACCACAAGGUGGCUACCCACCACAAGGCGGCUACCCACCACAAGGCAGCUAUCCUGGAGCCCCUGGCGGUUAUCCUCCUCCUCAGGGGGGGUACCCCCCCAUGCAGGGCCAACAGGGAGGCUAUCCACAGUGGCCGCCGCAGGGUCGCGCCUACCCGGGUGCCCAGCCCACACAGGGCGCCGCGGAUGGCUGCCCACCGCCCAGCGCGCCACCGCAGGCACAGGAAGGGUACGCAUGGCCGCCGCCACAAGGCGGCGGCCCACCACCACAGGUUGGCGCUCCUGGCUACCCGAAUGCGCCACCGGCACAGGGUGCUCCCGGGUAUCCAAAUGCUCCCCCACACCAGAGUGGGGCCCCUGGCUAUCCUGGAUUCCCCGGUCCCUACCAGGGUGCCCCGCCUGGCGGGCAAUGA